AUGCCUAGCCCAUCCGUGGCUUCCGCAACGCCCAGCGCGACGCUCCGGCCCUUCUUCCUCGAGGUCAAGCUGAAAUCCGGGGAGGGCCUCAUCAAUCCGGACGCGGGCGCAUCCGGAUCGCUCGUCGGCCUCCUGCUUGCUCGGCCAGAUGCUGGCGAGCCCGUCCGACUCUAUGUAGCGCUUUCCCCGCCGGCGCAGCAGCGCAAGCGGGGCGCGCCCACCUGCGCACUCGUUCGCGACUUUGCGAUUGGCGGGCACGACGGCGCGACCCUCGAGUUCGCGUCAGGCCGCUCCCGCCUGAUGGUCCAGCACCAGCUGUGCGUGCCGCUCAGCGAGAGAAAUUGCCUGCCGUCCGCGUGCCGCGAUUGGACGGACCGAUUCAACGCCGCCGGAGUCAACGACCGAUUCGUGUACCCGGCCGCAGUCACCGUCCAAGCCGCCGCCGACGCCAUGGCGCGGGCGGCGGCGGCCAGGGCGAAGAGUGCCUCGGGUGGCCACCGGCCAAGCAACAGCCUCCUCAGCAGCGGUAGCGGGGGCCCUCGGCUGUCCGCGCCUGCGAGCAGCACCCCCUUCAAGGCGGCGGCCCGCGGCGGCGGGGGCGGCGGAAGCAUGGCGCGCUGGCCCUCUCCGGGCGGCGGCGGCGGCGGAGGCGCCUCCCGCGGCUGUCCGUCCUGCCACAAGUGCUCCCCCCGCCAACGCGCGCGCCUGGGCAUUGUAGGGUCGCCGGCGUGUGGCGUCGCCGCCGCGGCCGCCCCGCCACGCGCGGCGGGCGGCCGGGCGGGGCACGGCUCCCGGAUGAUGGCGGCGGCGGCCGGAGCCGCUCGCAGCGGCGGCGGUGCGGCUGCGGCGCCGCUGCCGCAGCUGCACCAGCGCAAGAUUGAGGCGACCGGCGAGUACUCGGUGACGCGGCGCCCGGGUGUGGGCUUCGCGCGCUUUCCCGACCGCCGCCCGGAGAUGGGCGGCGGAGGCGGCGGAGGCGGCGGAGGCGGCGGCGUCGGCGGCGGCGGGCGGCGGGCGGCCGUGGUCCACUCCGGCUUCCGCAACCUCGGAAACACUUGCUACAUGUCGGCGGUGCUCGCGGCGGUCACCGCGCUGCCGUGCUUUGUGGACGACCUGCUCGAAGACGCGGUCAUGGAGCGGCUCGGCCGGUGCCUCCCCGAGGCGUCCGUCUACCGCGCCUUCCGCGAGGUUGCGCGCCAGGUGUGCGGGCUCCAGCCGAAGGCGGCGGGAGGAGGCGGCGGCGGCAGCAGCAGCGGCAGCGGCGGCGGCGGCGGCGGCGGCGGCGGCGGCGGCGGCGGCGGCGGCGGCGGCGGCGGCGGCGGCGGCGGCGGCGGCGCGCCGCCCACGCGCACCUUCACCUCUGGAGAGCGCGGCGCGAGGAUGCAGCUCGCGCUGCCCUGGCCGACGGAGGCGGUCGCCGCCGCCGCCGCCGCGGACGGGUUUGCGCGGGUGGCCUUUUCGGACGGGGCGGGCGCGGCGCUCACGGCGUGGGGCGUCGAGGCGUUUGUCGGCGGCGUUAGCGAGGCACUGCCGUCGCUGCGGUGGGGCGGCGUCUUCGAGGCGCUCGACCAGCCGACGUGGGCCACCAAUGGGCCCGGCGCGGACGGCUUCGCGCUGCUCGUCGCGCUGCACCGCCGCGCGUGCAGCGGACCGCUCCCCGCCGGAGCGCUGCUCGGCGGCUGGACGCACUCGGGCGCGCAGCUGCGGCUGCUCGCGCACGCGGUCGGCGCGGCCGCCGACGCGGUCGCGUGGGGCGACGCCGCCGCGCCGCUGGUCUCGCCCGCGCCCGACGGGACGAGCAAGCCCGGCAUCGCGCCGUGGCUCUCGCUCCGGCUGACCGAGUCGCUGCUCCACCUCUCGGCGUCCGGCUACCACGCCGAGGCGCGCGCGCUCUUCGCGGCGCCGCUCUCCGCGGCGCCGCAGCUGCUGCUCGCGGCGCUGCUGACGCACAGCGGCGCGCGCGCGGGCGCGGCGGACGAGGCGCCGCUGCAGCGGGAGCUGCUCGACGGCCUCUUCCCGCUCUUCCUCGGCGGCGACUCGCCCGGGUCGGCCGCGCUGCUGCAGCGGCUGUGGGAGGCGCAACCAUACGCGGUGAUGCGCGGGAUGGCGGCGCUGCACCGCGCGCAGCCGCAGUCCAUCCUGCGGCUGCUCGACCUGGCGACGUCCUUCAACGCGCUCGAGAAGGUUCUCACGCUCGGCGCAUACUCGUUCACCAUCGACCUCGCCGCGUGCGCGCAGCGCAAGGAGCUCAUCGACUUCGAGCCGUGGCUGCACUCGUGCCUGCGCCGCGACCCGGAGCACGCCUUUGUGCGCGCCUGCGCGUCGUACCUUCGCGAGAAGCUGCUGCCCGGCUCGGCGACGAACCUCGCGCGCGCGGCGGCCACGUCCAAU